AGGAUCCCUCCAUCUCUUACGGGCACGAAAUAAUAGCGUUAAGACCCAUGCCCCUCUUCGAACCCCACAAAAGCCCUUCUUUUUGGUAGCAGUAUUCACACCGCUUAAAGAAACUGAGCAACUACUCUUGUCUUGUAUACGUUUUGGAAAGAGGAGAAAAGUACUUCUCCGUUUCCUCGCCAGUAUGAUGCGCGCAGUAUUUUGCACGCGCAGCGAUCUACUUUUGAAAUAAAAUGGUAGAGCAUUUAUUUAGUUUUAAGACUUAAAGGCUAACUUCUUGUUGAAAAGGACUAAGUGGUAUUGCCCUUGCUGUCCAAGAUUAACAAAAAGUGACGACCAUGAGUGAUUUGCGGGCAGAUGAUGUAGUCUCCAUUUCAUGUAAUUAUUUCAUCAAUUAUGACGUAUGAUUGCAAAUCUUAGAAAUUUCUGUUUGUGACGUAAAAUCAGUAUUGCGGAGCUUUUCUUCCCAUUAGGAGUUGAGUUGCGUUGCGGAGACAAAAUUUUCUUUUGAGAGAGAUUUUUUAACGAGAAAUGAAAUUGUGGGUCGGGAUUGUGUUCUUGGUUGUGUUCGCACAACAGGGAGCCAAUGCUCGGCCCAUUCCAAGAUUAAGACCACUAUUGAGUGAUGGAGCCAUACAGGACAUCAAACAACCUCCUGACAAAAUCGCCCUCGACACAGAAGGAGCGUACAAAGCAAGUGAGGAUCGAGAUGAUAGUCUCGGUAAAACAAGAUCCCAUGAAGAACAAGUCGAUACUGGUCACUAUAGAUCUAUUGAUAAAGAGCAAAUUACAGACGAAGAGAAGAUUGAUGAACCUUCUGAGGAUCAGUCUUUUUCUCAUCAACCACCUUACAUGCAUGAAUCUAUCAGUGUGGAAACUGACCCAGUCAGUAAUCCCCUCAAACGCGACCAUGUUUUUGAUGAUCAGAUGAUUGAAGAUACUGGGCUUAACGGAAACUGGCGUACCUAUCGAGAAAACUACGAAUAUUCUGAUGAAGAAACUGACUACGAGAAAGAGAAAGGGCACACGGGGUAUCCCGAAAAGUUUAAUGAACGCGAUGGGAAAGAAAUCGAUGCUGAAGACCAUGAUUUCACCAAAGUGGGGCAAGUUAAGUACAGCGAAACUUUAAUCCAUGACAGGGACUCUCGUGAGGCCAUUUAUGAUGAUAGCUUUGCGGCCAGGUUGCGUUCUCCUUACGGGGAACCAGUCGCCGUCGAGGAAGAUCCCGAAUUCCUAAAUGAUUACUCGUUGCUCAGGUACGUGAAAGAUGGGCCCAAUUACGAUCAAGUUGAAAUUGGUUAUGAUGCCGACGAGCAUCUUAUUCGAAGCUCUUCUGGAGAAAAGGUGGAUAGCAUGGCGGGUUUUCCUUUCCACGAUGAUUACAUUAACACCAGGUCUGAGCAGAAUGACGAUGAUCAAAGUGACAAGGAACGUUUUAGAGCCUUCAGUUACGGAGAUAAUCACGCAAGUCCGAAUGUGGAUGAUCUUACAAAAGAUUUUAACGCUGACGACACCCUUGGAUAUGGAGCCGACCCACAAGAUACGGACGACUCAGACGAGAGCGACGAUAUAAAUGAGUCUGUGUACUCUGUAUAUGAGGCCGAAGACAGUGGUAAUUCAGAUCAGAAACAAAAUGAUGCCUACUAUUCUCGUGAUAUUGAAGAUGACAUCGAUAACAAAGAUUGGGAUCGAAAUGCGGAUGAUACUCACGAUGAAUCAGUCGAUACUAAAGGUCAUCGUCGUUCUCAUCGCUCUGAAGAUUCUGAGUGGAAAGACAAUGAUUCUGAUUACGUUUUCGAUAAUGAAGGUAAAUUGAAUGACAACGAAAACGAUGAGUGGAAAGACGGCGAUGAUAAUGAAGCUAUCGAUGGUGAAGGUGAGCUGGAUGACGAUGACGAAGAUGAGUGGCGGGACAACGAUGAUAAUGAAUUCAGCAAUAGUGAAGGUGAGUGGGAUGACGAUGUCGAAGAUGAAUGGCAGGACGAGGAUGAAAACGAACUGAGCGAUAGCAAAGGUGAGUUGGCUGACGGUAAAGAAGAUGAGUGGAGUGAUGACAAUGAAAUCAACGAUAGUGAGGGUGAGCUAGAUGACAAUGAGAAAGAUGAGUGGAAAGACGAUGAUGACUAUGAAGCUGUCGAUAGUGAAGGUGAGUUGGAUGAAGAUGACGAAGAUGAGUGGAAAGAUGAUAAUGAACCCAACAAGAGUGAAGGUGAGCUGAAUGACGAUGGCGAAGAUGAAUGGUGGGACAAUGAUGACAAGGAAUUCAGCGAUAGUGAAGGUGAGCUGGAUGACAAUGAAGAAGAUGAGUGGAAAGGUGAUGACUAUAAAGAUGUCGAUAGAGAAGGUGAGUUGGAUGACGUUAAAGAAGAUGAGUGGAAUGAUGAUAAUGAAUCCAACGAUAGUGAAGGUGAGCAGGAUGACAAUGAAGAAUAUGAUUGGAAAGACGGUGAUGACAAUGAAGCUAACGAUAGUGAAGGUGAGUUGGAUGAAGAUGAAGAACAUAAGUGGAAUGAUGAUAAUGAAUCCAACAAGAGUGAAGGCGAGUUGGAUGACGAUGAUGAAGAUAAAUGGCGGGACAAUGAUGACAAUGAAUUCAGCAAUAGCGAUGGUGAGGUGGAUGACAAUGAAGAAGAUGAGUGGAAAGGUGAUGACUAUAAAGCUGUCGAUAGUGAAGGGGAGUUGGAUGACGAUGACGAAGAUGAGUGGCGGGACAAUGAUGAUAAUGAAAUCAGAGAUAGUGAAGGUGAGUUGGAUGACGAUGACGAAGAUGAGUGGAAUGAUGAUAAUGAAUCCAACGAUAGUGAAGGUGAGCUGGAUGACAACAAAGAGGACGAGUGGAAAGAAAGAGAUGACAAUGAAGCUAUCGACAGUAAAGGUGAGUUGGAUGACGAUGACGAAGAUGAAUGGCGGGAAAAUGUUGAUAAUGAAUUCAGCGAUAGUGAAGGUGAGCUGGAUGACAUUGAAGAAGAUGACUGGAAAGAAGGUGAUGACUAUGAAGCUGUCCAUAGCGAAGAUGGCUUGGAUGACGAUAACGAAGAUGAAUGGCGGGACAAUGAUGAUGAUGAAUUCAGCGACAGUGAAGGUGAGUUGGAUGGCGAUGACGAAGAUGAAUGGCAGGACGAUGAUGAAAACCAACUCAUCGAUAGCGAAGGUGAGUUGGAUGACGAUGACGAAGAUGAAUGGUGGGAUUAUGAUGAUAAUGAAUUCAGCGACAAUGAAGAUGAGUUGGAUGACGGUGAAGCAGCUGACAGGCGAGACAGUGAUGGUAAUGAAUCUGUCGACAGUGACGGUACCGAAGGCAGUCUAGGUGCUGGAGGCGAGUUUCCAGAUACCGAUGCUUCAGAUCCAGAAACUGAAGAUCUUCCAGACGUCCUUGAACUCGCAGACUACUUCGAACAAACUGAAGAUGUAGAGUGGACUGAUGAUGAUGACGAAGAGGGUUCUGGAGGCUCUGGAGUUCAUAAUUAGGACUCAGAAAUUACAUGCUCGGAUGAUGAUGAUGAAAACACUUUAAAUGACUUUGGAAAUGAUCUAGAGGAAAUCUGAAACUCAGAGUGGAAAGUGGACCUUUCUUACUUUCUUAUGAUAACUAUCAACCUGCCUUUAUGAAAUCCAUACCUACGGGAGGGGGGGGGGCCUUAUUCAGGAUAUUUCAGUGAAGACAAUGUGGGACUACAUUUACCUUGAUUCUAAUGAACGAGUGGAAGUUUCGGUUUCUUUUCCAAAAAUUACAAGUCUUUUUCAGUUUUUGUAAUCGAUACAAUAAAAAUGUCCAAGAA